AUGGAAGUCCACAAGAGACCACCACUUCUCGAGCUUCCCAACGAGAUCCUUCAGCACGUGGCCAGCUUCCUCCCCACAGACCAGGAUCUGAGGAACCUCAACCUAGUCUGCAGAGAGAUCAGAGACCGAGUCAUGGCCCCCGAAUCUUCUGUCUGGAGAGCUCGCUUUCACGACAAGUACGACCUCCCUCCGGGGAGAACCAAUGCAGAGCUUAAUAUUGAAUACCAAAUUCGAGCUAUCGUCCUUCCUCAGACAAUCGAUUUCAAGCAGGAAGCGAGUGAGCACCAGACGUUAUGGCUGGAGGUCUUGCAGCAGAUGCUUCUUGAGUCUCUUACCCUGCCUCUGAAGUCUGAUACUUCCAAGACAUACGAGCGGAUUCGGGAAACCCUGACUAAAAGUGAGCUCCUGGAACAUCCAGGGAGGGAAAACCCAUCGGAGCUAUUCUGCACUGUCCAAUUGUGCCUCACUGCGUUGGCCCUCACACUUGAUCCCGCGGAUGAAUCCACUCCUGCGAUCAAGACCAAAUGCAGCCGAUCCGAAUACGAUAUUGGGACAGUAUAUUCCCACGGACAAGCAGUAGAUGGCCCAUUCAUUGACCAUGAGAGACUCGAUCUGUCCACCUUGCUGCACAUCCGCAGCUUCUGGCAACGUCAUAUCUUGAACAAGGCUGAGCAGACCUUCCACGAGUCCUUCGCCAGGCUUCCUGAAGUAACGAGACCACAACUACGCAAGACCGACCUCGAGGCAGAGUCCAGCCCGAGUUUUUCCUGGCUUGGGUACUACUCAUGCCUUCAUCCCAUGCCAGCCGCACGAAAGGACUUUGAAGAUCAAGAGACAUGCGCCGACCUCCGUGGAGACCAUCUCAGCCAAGUCGAAAUCAUGACCUUGGAAAUAAACAUCACAAGCGAACCCUUCUGGCCCGAUAUUUGCAACCAAAUCAUCCCGUUAUACGGCAACCCCGAAACAAAACGUACAUACUUCCAAGGCAUACAGUCAACCCUCAACGGCGAUCCAGCUGAAAACCCGAUGUUUGGAUUUACCGAAGCGAUAGCCCAUCCUUACGGUGGGUUCGCAGGAUGGACCCGUAUUUGUUUCGCAAUCUGUGAGGAACCAGACGACGACAGCGACUCGGAUGUGAUUAUGGAGGAUGGUGAUGACUCGGAGGACAAUUACUGGGUUCAUGCUCUUUGA